UGCAUCUUUAUCACCACCACCGUCACCUCCCUCUAACUUUGUUCACCCUUGACAACCUACUCUCAACCUCCUUUCUCAUCAUGACUGACGUAGCUGCUCGUUUAUUGGUGGAGUACACUCUCGCACUUCAACGAAAUCCAUUAAGGACAAAGAUGUACACUUCAGGUACAUUAGCAGCUUUGGCCGAAAUCCUAGCUGGAAAAUUUGCGGGAGUGGCUCCUGCAGAAAAGAAACUUCCACCUGGACAAGUUUCAGAAAAAGAAGCAAUCAAACAACAACCUUUACGAUUUUUAGAAGCAAUCUUUGCUCAUUUAGGUAUUAAUAAAAGGGCUUUGCAAAUGUUCAUUUAUGGUUUUGCAAUCAGUGCACCUCUUGGACAUGUUAUGACUGGGGUAUUGCAGCGUGCAUUUGCUGGAAAGACAACAGCCCGUGAUCGUGUAAUGCAAAUCAUUACUGCAAAUUUGACAACAGCAGUAAUCAGUAACACAGUUUACCUCGUUUGCAUGGCAUACAUCAAUGGAGCACGCAGUAUCGAUCGUAUUAUCGGCAUUUGGCGUUCUUCAUUCAUGUUCCUCAUGCGUGUCACUUGGCUCACUUCACCAAUCUCAAUCGGUGUUGCACAAAAAUACUUACCGCAAACUCUAUGGGAACCUUAUUUCGCUUUAGUUCGUUUCUUUUUAAGCACAGCUUUCAACACAAUCACAAAGAAGAAACAAAUGGCUUUGCAACGUAAACAACAAGAUGCAACAAAGGAUGAAGAUUUGCGUAAAGGUGCCGCUCAAAAGAAGUGAACGAAAAACUCUUAAAGUUAAACUACUUGUAUCAUUUCAUAAGUAUCAGAUCACGAUCUUAUUCACGACUUUCAUCACAGC